GUUCGAUACUUGUGCAUGCGCUGAACCUCUGCUUGUGUGUUAUGCAUGCAUAGGCUAACACACUUCGCUAAACUUAAACGCACCAUAUGCACCAUAUAUGCACUCACAGACCCUGUAUCAGUAAUUGCCGUCGGCAAUUUCUCCCCUCAUUGCAUUCAUGCUGAAUAAUCCGGUUCUCAAUGUCCAGUGACCAAGUAACGAAUCAUUUAUUAUGCACAUACAAGGGCAAAUAAACAUCCACACAAACUGAUCGUUCACGGUCGAGUCGGUGCGGGGCGGGAGGCAGGAGAAAGAAAAAUAAACUACUGGUAAAAAAACUAAGCAAACUUAAUCUCUCGCCUAGAAUUGGGGAGGAAAAAGUCUAAGAAGUAUUUUGCAUAGCUUCGAGCUUGUCAGUAAGGCUAAUGAAGUCAAAGCGAAGAAAAGAGAGCAGUCAUAGCAUCGAAUGACAACAUGCUGUAAUGACAGAACCUGACAUUCCGCUAAGCAAAGCUGCAGCCUGCCGUCGUCGACACGCGUUACGUACUUCACCAGUCGUGUCUGAACAAAAACGGGAUAAAUAAUGUGAAGAUUAAUCGUUAUUAGGAUAAUUAUUACUGGCUUAUAUUGUGACAGUAUUAAAUGCCGAUUAAUGUCAGCUGAAUACAGAAAUACGAUGAGGUGACGUUCGGUGGUGCCAUGCGGAAAAAAUCAAUCAGCUUCAUAUUCGCAUCUCUCUGCGUAUGGGGUGUCAUAACUUACUUUCUAUUUCUUGAUCGUCCAAUCGGCAAAGAACAAAAUAAGGGCAACAUCGCAGCAAAAAUUCGUGAUAUCGAAGAAAGAGUGAAAGAACAAUUUGCGGAGAAUAAAAAACUCAUUCAACAUCUUCGUGGUAAAUUACAGGAUCAGAACGAAGCAGAAAACGCGGAGUCUACUGUCGUGAAGAAUGCAGAAGAGGCGCAAAAUGCCGAACGAGACAAACUAGAAGCCGCCGAACAGGAUUUGAAAAUAGUAGACGAAGCUCAGCAUGUUGCACCAGAAAAAUCACUGACAAAUGAGGAACCCGUGAUUGCAGUUCUAGUAUUUUCAUGCAACAGAGUUACUGUGAAGAGAUGUCUCGAUCAGCUGAUCAGACUGAGGCCAAGCGCCGAACAAUUUCCGAUCAUUGUCAGCCAGGACUGCGAACACGAACCGACUACGAAUGUGAUUCAAAGCUAUGGAGAACAACUGACGCACAUAAGACAACCAGACCAAUCGGACAUAGACAUUCCUCCAAAAGAGAAAAAAUUCAAAGGCUAUUUCAAGAUAGCUCGACACUACGGCUGGGCAUUAAAUCAAGUCUUCUUAGAGUUCGGAUUUGAGACCGCGAUCAUCGUUGAAGACGAUCUAGAUGUAGCUCCAGACUUUUUCGAGUACUUUCUGGGCACUUACCCUCUGCUCGUCAAAGACAAUUCUCUUUGGUGCAUUUCUGCCUGGAACGACAAUGGAAAAUCUGAACUGGUUGACGAUAGUGGUCAUCACUUAUUGUAUCGGACAGAUUUCUUUCCCGGCCUUGGUUGGAUGCUCACUAAAGACAUUUGGAUGGAGUUAGGACCAAAAUGGCCAAAAUCAUACUGGGAUGACUGGAUUCGAAAACCAGAGCAAAGAAAAGACAGGGCUUGUAUUCGACCCGAACUAUCCAGGACGCGAACGUUCGGAAAAAUUGGAGUUAGCAACGGGCUGUUCUACGAAAAGCAUCUGAAAUUCAUUAAGUUAAACGACGUAUUUGUGCCUUUCACCAAGAUGAAUUUAACCUAUUUAUUAAAAGAUAAUUAUGACAUGGCCUUUGUGAACGAAGUGUAUCAGUCGAGAGUGGUAAACUAUUCGGAACUGAAAAGUGACACGUUACCAAAAUCUAGCCCAGUGAGGAUCCCGUACCACACUCGUCAGGCGUAUAAAAAUACAGCAAAAAUGCUCGGCCUGAUGGACGAUUUUCGGAGCGGUGUACCUCGCACGAGCUAUCGCGGUGUUGUCACGUUCUUCUACCGUGGCAGAAGAGUGCAUUUGGCACCGAACGCCAACUGGGCUGGCUACGACAUAACGUGGAGCUAACACAGAGCUCUCUACAGAAACGAAAACGAUCUUUAGAGCGUUCAACGAGUGAGCCAGGUCGGGUAUCUACUCUCUUUUCUUUCUCUUUUUCAUUCGCACUUGUCGUCUUGCCUAUAAUUCAUUAUUGCGAAAGUUUUCAGCCUCCGAAGGAUCUUAUAUCAAAUUGAAUGUCAAUUUUUAAAUACGCAAAUACCUAUGUACCUACAAGGCGCGCGUGAUUUUAUAUUGCCUCAACUUCCUACAACAUUUACGCAUCGCUGAACUCAUCGAUCAAUGUCAUAUAUAUACCGAUUAAGCAUUAUUGACAAACGCGCUAUUUGCAGAUCGCUCAAACGCGUGGAUAUUGUGCGCAAAACUUAUUAGGUAUUCAUAUUUAUGUCUGUUUUCAUUCUUUCAUUCUCUGUCUCUCUCUCUUUCUCUAUGUCUGUUUAACGUUAUCUGCUUUCUACCGAUUUAAAUAUCCUUUGUGAAUUAUAAUUUCAAUUCAACUAAUUGAAUUAUAAUGUACAUUUAUUUAUUUUAUUAGUAUAUUCAGAGUCAAUGAUAAAGAAUAUUAUUGGCACUUUGCGUGACUUGGUUACAGUGAAAAAAUAAGUUGUUUCAAGUUCCUUAUAAGUUACGUAUAGGUAUAUAUAUAUAUAUAUAUAAAUUAUAAAUAUAAACAAUUACAAUAAGCUAUAUACCUCUAUAUAUAUGAAACAAAACUAUUAGAAAUAAAGAAAUUAACAUUGUAAUUAUUAUUAUUAUUUUAUCCUUAAAUAAUAAUGUAAUUAUUCUGUACAAGAAACAAUAGCAUAACAUCGAUAAGUGAUAUACUAUACAUAUAGGUCUAUAUAUUAUACAUAACAAUAUUAUAUUGUAAUUAGAAUAUCUUUUACAAAAGACAAAAAAAAGAUUGAUACCAAUUAUAAGAUUAUCUAUAAAUCAUAAUCAGAAUGUGUUUUUAUUAAUUUUCAUCUCGAUUCUCAAAAAAAGAAUGUAAUUAAACGGAAAACACGCAACAAUAAAAAAAAUAAUAAUAACGAGUCAGAAAGCAAAAGUCGCUGUUCUCGU